AUGUCAGCUCCUCCUCCUCCUUCAAAGGAUAAAACACCUGCAGACUUCGCUUCCGAUUCACGUUAUACGCUCAACAAAGAAACCAACAAAUGGUCCUAUGUCGGUGACGAUGGCGUUUGUUAUGAAUACGAUGAGUCUUUGGCUGCUUGGUUUCCAAUGUACGACGAAGACCUGAUCAAGCAACAACAAUCCGCUUAUGCCAUCGAAGGUGUCGACGAAUCGGAGCCUGCUGUACAGCCGCGACAAAAGAAAAAGCGUGUUUAUACCUAUGAAGAAGAGAAUGAAGGCAAUAGCAACAACAAUGCCAAGAAGCAAAAGCGUGAUACAGCAAAACGACCCAAUACAUCCGUUUACGUUACUGGUGUACCACCCGAUGCCACGAUUGAAGAGAUCAAGGAAGUCUUUACGAAAUGUGGUGUCAUUAUGGAGGAUCUUGAGAGUGGCCAACCCAAGAUUAAGAUUUAUCAAGAUGCAGAAGGUCGACCCAAAGGAGAUGCAUUGGUCACGUAUUUCAAAGAAGAGUCUGUGCCUUUGGCGAUCAAUCUAUUGGAUGAUGCAGAAUUCAGACUGGGUGAACCCUCGACCCGUAUUCGAGUACAACAGGCCGUAUUUACUGAGAAACAACUUCCUGCGGAUAAGAAAAAGAGUCAAGCCAACAAAAACAAGACCAAGAAACGAUUACAUCAAUUGCAGAGGAAAUUGGAUUGGGUUGAUGAGGAAACGGGUAAAAAGGCGGAGAAAUUCAACAAGAUUGUCAUUUUAAAGAACAUGUACACCCAGCAGGAAUUAGACGAAGAUCCAACUUUAUUGCUGGAAUUAAAAGAAGAUGUCCGAGAAGAAUGCGAAAAGCUGGGUGAAGUGACCAAUGUGAUUCUUUACGAUAAAUCCCCUGGUGGCGUCAUAUCCGUGCGGUUCAUGGAGCAAAAAUCAGCAGAAGCAUGCGUGCUGCUUAUGAACAAUCGUUACUUUGCGGGCCGACAAAUCAGUGCCGAGAUUUACGAUGGUAAAACAAGAUAUGAAAAGAGCGGUGCACGGACGACCGAAGAAGAUGAUGAGAAUGAAAAAGCAAGAUUGGAACGAUACGCAAAAUGGCUUGAACAAGGUGGUGGUGGAUCCGAUGAUGAUGAUGGUGGUGACAACAACGAGUCCUGA